CAUGUCCUCCAUCCUCCUCGCCACUCCUCGAUCUCACAACAACACCGCGACAGGCUGCAAUCGCCGCAGCAGGUCUUCACUCGACAUCUCCGGUCUCUUAUUCUCAUGUGCCAACCGGCCCGCCUUGUCUGAUGCCGAUUUCAACUCCCCUUGCCCCGUCUCACCCAUCCUUCAUCAAGAUGGAGGAUAGGAAGAGAUCCGCUGGCGAGGAUCUCGCUCCACCUACAAAGAGACAGGCUGUCAAUGGCAAAGCCUCAGCAGAUGCCGAUAUGCCAUGGGCUGCCGAUCUAGAGGAAUAUCAAAAAGAUGCGAUUUACCGUCGAAUGCUUGAGUACAAGCGCGAGGCGGCCACAUUCCAAUCACAAGUAAAGGAACUUCAAAAGCGGGCUACUGAUCAUGAUGACCAUCUUCGUGUUGCAGAUCAGUGGUGGUCUCAGGUAUUUUAUUUCGAGCACGUGCUCAGGCGCAUAUACUGAUGGGUCAAUAGUUAUUAGAUGAGGUUACGCUUUUGGCGCAAGAUUUAGUUCCUGAAGUUGAUAAUGAUGGUCAGUAAUUGUCCCCAUUUUCAAUCUAUGUGCUGACGAGAAUAGCUUCCUUCCCCACAGCAUUGAAUUUCAAGGGCAGUGAGGAUUUCCAAAGCCACCUUGCAUCAAAGGCCAGAGAUAUUAAAUCUAAACUUCAAAUCAUAUUCACAAGACUAGCCAGUGCUCGAGGAGAGCAGUCCCCAGACAUUGAAGAAUUGCAGGGCAAGCUCACCAAACUUCUGGCUUCACAACGGGAAUACGUGGUUAAACUCGAUCGCCUUCGUACAGAGAGAGAUCAGUUGGAGGAACGUCUAGAGAGCGCAUCCCUCCGUUGCAUUAAAGCCGAAAAGAAGUAUGACCGAGCACGCAGCUCUGCUGUUGCCAAGUUAGAACAACAGGCCAUAAACGGAUCAGGAAAUAGUGCUGGUAGCGGUAUUGGCAACGUUGAGAAUGGUGAUACUGAAAUGACCAAUGGAAUAUCAGAAGUCAACGAAGCCUCACAAACAGCAUACAAGGAAGCCUCCGCCAUUGUCGAGAAACAAAAGGAGCAGCUGGAAGCCAUUGCCGCAGAGAACAAGACGCUCACCGAACAACUUACCUUGGCCACAACUCGAUUCUCCAACCUAACUGAAGACGACUAUGCACGGACCGAUCUGUUUAAGCAAUUCCGGGCCCAGCAUGAAGAUGUGAUUCGACGUAUAAAUCAUCUGGAGGCCACCAACAUCCAGCUCCGGGAGGAUGCCGAGAAACACCAGGCUGAGCGAACUGCUUUCCGGACACAAGUUGAAGGAGAAUCGGAGAUCACCACUUGUGAACUUGAAAGCCAACUUCAAAGGGUUGAGACUGACUUGACAAGAAUUCGAGCCACCAGAGAUGAGCUCCUUGCCGACCAAUCUAUUCGAAAGGCCAGUCAGGAUAGUGAUCGCCCGUCUAAUACCCAUUUCAAGGACCUCGUGGCAGGACGAGAUGAACGAAUUACCGCUCUGGAGUGUGAAAUCGAACGUCUCAAGGCUUCUAUCAACGAGCAAUCCUGCGAGUUGACUCCACGCCCUGAAAUCGACUCUCUCGAUCUUGAACAAUUACGCAGAAAGUACGAAACGCUGGAGCGCCAAUUUGACGCAAUCAACAAGGAGUUACCAGCCAUGCAGAAUGCGUAUACAAAGGUACAGGCUCUUUCAACAAAAAAGGUUAUCGAUCUGUCCAUCCUGGAGGAAAAGAUUCAAAUCGUCAAUGCGGAGAAGGCCAAGGCUGAUCAAAAGUACUUCGCUGCUCGGAAAGACAUGGACACUCGCAUUUUGGAAGUUAGAGCACUCAAGGGACAAAAUGCGAAGAGUUCUGAGAUAAUUUCUCAAUUGAAGGAUGUCGAGACCGCCAACCGUACCCUGCUCAGUAAUCUUGAAAAGCAGUUGAGCGACAUGAAGCAAUCAAAUACUUCAGUCAUGGCAGAAAACAAGAAGAUGGAGUCGACAAGCAGAGAUGCAACCAGCAAGGCGGAAACUUUAACGAAGCAAGUCACAGAGCUUACCAACUUAUUGAAAGCAAAGGAUGCAAACAACUUGAACACCAAGGAGCGAAUUCGAGCUGCCGAGGUGGAUCUGGAAAAGCUUCAAGUCAAGUACGAUCAUGUCCAAAAGGAGAGAGAUCAAUGGAAGGCCAAGAGCUUGGGCAAGCAAUCUGGCGAAGAGGAGAUGCUUAGAACACUCGCUCUUUGCACGAUUUGUCGGAAGGAUUUCAAGAACACGGCUAUCAGGUCAUGUGGUCACACAUUUUGCAAUAAUUGUGUUGAAGAUCGCCUAGCUAACCGGAUGAGAAAAUGUCCCAAUUGCUCAAAAGCUUUUGACAAGUCGGACGUUAUGGCAAUCCAUUUGUGAUUGAUUUUACGGCAUCUGGUCAUAUGGAGAUUUGGUUAAGUGGUGCUGCGUCAAGCUUUUAAUAGACCUAUAAGGUCGGUCGGUGUAUGAUUGCAUAGAGAAGGAUAGGGCUGGCUUGGCUUGAAGCUUUCUGCAUAGCUUUGAGGAGACGAUCUCUUCACUCUGUACACCACAUUUUCAUUUUCACGUCCCCACACCUUUUGAGGUAUUGCAUGGCCCAGUUGAUUCUGGGUACAGUAUUUGUACGCUAGAUAUACCACGAGGACAUCAAGUCAAUCAAGCCAUGAAAUUUUCGUACUGACUAUCUUCUUGACGUUGAGCCAAACCCUGUACUCGAGUGCCUUGCCGAUGAACUUGAACCAGAGCUACUUCGUGCUGGAGGUGAGGGACUGUUGUAUCCCCCGCCACUGUCCCCUCCGAACCACGAAUUUCCUCUUGGUGCUUGCUGUUGUCUGUUCCCUCUACUUCCAGCCAUGUAUCCUCCUGCCGCACCAGCAGCUGCACCGGACCAAAAUCCAGGUCUCCAACCUUCCUGCUGAGUCGAGUAUCUCUUUCCAGGAUAUGGAGGAGGAGGAUCAUAUGGAUCACCACCUCCACCAGGUCCGCCACCCCAUCCUCCACCUCCCCAUCCGCCUCCCCAACCCCUCCUAGGCUGUCUGGGCAGUCCAUCAGCUGGAAGAGCCUGCCACGCCGAGUAGAUGAUCCAAAAAAGCACCCCAAGAAAUACAAGUGUAAACAGCGUUCUCCCCCACGCACUCCCUUCCUCCCCAUCUGAGCUACCUUUACUACCCCAUCCUCCACUCUUCCCAUACUUCUCCUCCCCCUUCUCCGUCAACACCAGUCUAUACUCAACUCCACAGCUCCCCUUCAACACAUACGGAUCAUCCCUAUUCGCAUAUCCUUCACAAAUCACCUCGGUACUCCCCAGCUUGAAAUCGGACGGCAUGUCCGCCACACAGCUCCACUCAAUAUCCUCCUCAUUGUAAGAAGCUCCCUGGUUUGUACAGCGCAUGAGAUCCACAUUGUGGUGUUUGCAGGCUGGACCGACGCAUUUGAGCUGUGGGAUGGCGGAGACACGACGGUGGGAGGUGAGGGCUUUGGAGCGGAGAGUGAGAGUUUUGACGGAGGAGAGGAGGAUGGCGUCUUUGGGUUUCUUUGCGCAGAGUGACGGGGUCGAGAGGGUAAGAAGAGCGAGGAGGAUGGGGUGGACGAGGUGCAUAUUGCUGGGUUGGUUGAUGGUUGAGCUCUGAGCAAUGAGUCGUGUCGAGUCCAGGAGAUAUUAUAUCAAGUACUUGCAAUAUGCAGAGUAUGCGGGGUAUGUCUGCGCAAGGCUCGACUCUUAAGGGUGGGCAGUAAGGACAGAUUGCUUGAUUGUUGACGCCUCGUCGUCACUGGUGCCUUUGCUAUCGUGGUAGCUGGAUUCUGGUCGAGGCUUCAAUGUAAGCCGGGCGAAUGAUUGACAAUAGAGCUGUUGUACGCGUGUCCUGGGCCGAGUCUCGAUUAGAACUUGGUGAUUGUCGACUUGGAUUGCAGACAGUCACAAGCUGUGA